AUGGCAGUUCCGCGUCGGCUGAAGCUGGUGGAGGAGCAGACCCAUGCCACCCUGCCACCGAGCACAGCCAGCCCGCGCGCCCGACGAGCACCAUUACAAUCAUCAUCAUCAUCGUCAUCUUCAUCAUCAUCAUCGUCAUCAUCAGUAGCAGCAGCAGCAGGGAGCCUCGCGCUGGCCGCCAGUGCAGCACUGCUGGUCUGCAUUGCGCUCGUGCUUUCAGCCGUGCCAACAACAGCAGCAGCGAGCUCGCUGUCGUCUGGGAACAACGCUGCUGCGUGGAACCGCUUUGCAGUCUCGCUCAUGGACGACGACUUUAACUGCACAGCAUGCACUCCUGGCAGCUACAGCGCAUCGAUGCGACGAAGGCCAAUGCCCACCCAACAAUUGCACGCUGUGCACCCCAGGCUCAUUUGCACAGCACGACGGUGCCGUCAACUGCACAUUGUGCACACCUGGGUCUGCCGCACCUCUGAAGGCAACUGCACUGGCUGCUUCCGUUGCGACCCUGGCGAGUCCAGUGGUCCAGCGGCAAUCAAGUGCACCCCCUGCAAUCCUGGAACAUACAGCGAUGCCGACAUCCUGACGUGCGAGGACUGCACCACGGGAUACUAUUGCAACGCGACUGGUUGCACAGAGUGCUCGCGUUGCGCUGACGGCUCGUCGAGUGGCCAGGCCGCCACCGAGUGCACCGAGUGCAUCCCCGGCACGUACAACACCGAUCCCAUGCUUUCUUGCGAGCCCUGCCCUGGUGGCUACUAUUGCAACGACACUGGCUGCACGGGCUGCCCGCAGUGCGUGCCUGGCUCGUUCUCGGCGACUCCCGGCUCUGUCCUUUGCCACCUGUGCAACCCAGGCUCGUACCAAUCGCACUAUGGCCAGACGUCGUGCGUCUCUUGCGGCGUUGGCUUUUACUUGCAAGGCCGCGGCAACGAAAACAACUUGUGCCGCAUCUGCCCGCCCGGCUACUAUUGCCCCUUCCGAGAGACUGGCGACCCAAUCGUGUGUCCUGACGAUGCGUACUGUCCCGCGGCAUCCGUUUCUCCCGAGUACUGCCCAAUGCUGUUUGAGGUUUCGUCUGAUGGAUGUGUUGCACGCUCGGACAUUAUCGCAGUGGUCACUUGCGUCUCUAUUGUCGCGCUUGUCGUCAUUUUGAUUGUGGCGUACAAGACCUACCGCCGAUACAAGCUGCGACUUUCCGACGAAAGCACUACUUUGCUGACAAAGCGCCCUGUCGACGAGCCCGAGUAUCAAGGCUAUUGA